AGCGGAGAAAAAGAUAUCGAAGACAUCCUGAGAAAAGAAUUCGCACCAAAACAAAUGCAAGUUCAGGACGUCAGUGGAGGAUGUGGAUCGUUUUAUUCAAUCGUUAUUGUUUCUUCAAAAUUCAAAGGAAUCACAACCGUAAAAGCACAUAGAUUAGUCAAUGCUGCCUUGAAGGAUAUCAUCAAAGAAAUUCAUGGACUUCAAUUACGCACA